AACAAAAAGCUGAAACAGAAACUACCUCCUGACGCAGAGACGGCUAACGUUCUUGUAGGCGUGGCUGACCUUGGUCCCAAACCAAUCACAUUCCUCUUCCGGUUUGCGCAGCCAAUCCUAAUGGACGACGCGACCGAAGUAGACCUGCCUACUCGCUUCCUAUUCGUCGCCCUCGGGGUUGCCAACCAAUCAACGCUCUGGCAGAUGAGUGAACUGGGAAGGGCUACGGCCCUCUUAUUAAAUGAUAAGGUUUUCUGUGAAGUGGCUUACAAAGCCACCAGCAAACAAGACUUCCAAGUCGGUCUAGACGAAUUCCUAGACGACCUGACCAUCCUGCCGCCGUCUGUCUGGGACCCAACGACUAGACUCGAACCACCACCGGUGACCAUGACCUUGGAGAGGAUAGGUCAAAGGUUACACGACACGGGUCGCACUGCGGCCAAGAUUGAAAGCCUGGCAGCCGAUGUUACACAGGUUGAUGAUUCGCUGGCCAAGACAAAUAAAUUAUUCGGCGGUCUAACUAAAGACAUAAAGCGGAAGUCGGCGUUCUACGUGAGUGAUAUUACGGACGGGCUAAGCGUGCAGUGCCUGGCGUCCAUCAUCUUCCUCUACUUCGCGUGCAUCACACCCAUCGUCACCUUUGGGGGCCUCAUGGCGGGAAAAACUGACGGAUAUAUGGGAACCAUUGAGAUGCUGCUCUCAGGGGCGUUUUGUGGGAUAACGUACGCCAUCUUUUCAGGGCAGCCCCUGACGAUUGUGGGGGCUACAGGGCCCCUUCUCGUCUUUGAAACCAUUGUCUUUGAAAUUUGCGGGAACAUGAAAAUCCCAUUCAUGCCCUUCCGGUUCUGGAUCGGGAUCUGGAUAUUCAUAAUCAUGUUCCUGAUGGUGGCCUUCGAUCUUAGCUACAUCAUCAGGUACAUCACUAGGUUCACAGAGGAGAGUUUCGCCGUCCUGAUUUCAGUCAUUUUCAUCUACGAAGCCGUCAGCAAACUCUUUGACGUCUGGUCGGAUAAUCGGAUCCGAACGUCCGUAAUAUCGGAACCGUUUCGGUAUUCGUGCGAGUGUAAAAUAAAUUCGAGUGACGAAUGCUACAUGCCGUCCGGUUCCAUCGAAGUAAAUCGUCGGUGCAUAUCGGAAAAAAACUGUACAUCCCUAAACGGAUCGUUAACCGGAAGUGGGUGCGUCCAGAGCGUGACGAAUUCGGUCCCGGAUGUGUUUUUGCUGUCGUGUGUGUUGAUGUUCGGGACUUUCGCGGUGGCCAUCUUCUUCAGGAACAUGCGGUCAACGACCUACUUUCCAACUUUUUUGCGUAGCAUGAUAGCGGAUUUCGCGGUUUUCCUAUCACUGGUUUUCUGGACGGCUGUUGAUUAUUUCCUGGGCUUGAAUACAUCAAAACUGGAUGUUCCUACAAAAUUUCAGACAACGAGGGUCGAUAGGAGUUGGAUCAUAAACCCCCUUGAUUGCGUGCCCUGGUGGAUGUGUUUUGUCGCCAUUGCCCCAGCCUGCUUAGCUACCAUAUUGCUAUUUUUAGACCAGCAAAUCACAGCUGUCAUCGUGAACCGGAAGGAGAACAAGCUACAAAAAGGUCACGGAUAUCACCUUGACCUUCUGAUCAUAUCAUUUCAAGUCCUCUUCUGCUCCUUUUUCGGCCUGCCCUGGUUUUGUGCGGCCACGGUCAGAUCAAUCUCGCACGUCAAAAGUCUCGUCAGGGAGUCAGAUGUCAAUGCCCCCGGCGAGAGCCCCAAAAUGCUGGGGAUCAGGGAACAGCGCGUGACUGGUUUAUUCAUCCACCUGCUCAUCGGUCUCUCCAUCUUCGGAGCCAUCUUUCUGAAGUACAUUCCAAUGCCGAUUCUAUACGGUGUAUUUUUGUACAUGGGUAUCACAUCGCUGAAUGGCGUGGAGUACAUCGACAGGAUCCUCAUCCUAUUCAUGCCCCUGAAGUAUCAGCCGGACUACAUAUACCUCCGUCAUGUGCAGACAAGUCAUGUGCACUUGUUUACAUUCAUCCAGCUACUCUGCAGUGCUUUAAUGUGGGCUGUUAAGAGCUUCAAAGUGACAUCUAUCGCCUUUCCCUUAAUGUUGGUCCUAUUGGUCAUUGUCCGGAAGUUGAUGGACUAUUUGUUCACGCAGAGAGAUUUGUAUUGGCUGGACAAUCUUCUUCCGGAAGUGAACAGGCGGAAGAAGGAGGAUCAACUGAGAGCGCUUGAAUUUGCCAGCCAAUCAAAUCAGGUUAUCUGA